AUGUUUCGAGUCCUUGACGAUUCUGCAGCACGUAAUCUUGGAAGUCGAACUACCGUAACACAUAUAUUAAGACUUGCACAAGAGCUUCGACAAAGUGGCGAAGCGUUUGAUUCAGAGACCUAUGAGCAUAUCAUUAGUGCGUAUUCUAAAGCAGAUCAUGAUAUUUCACUCGAACUUGCGGACCAAAUGGAAUCACAGGGCAUUAAACCAAGUCGAACAUUUUAUCACAAAGCCUUACAGCUGGCAGCAAAAUCGGGUAAUUCAACCACGCAGGCUCAUUUGUUACAUCGCAUGGAGAUCCAUGGCUACAAACCCACAUCAAAGACCUACCACUUAAUGUUAGCAUGUAUGCGAGAAAGCUUAGAACUCGAAAGAGCUUUGGAUACCUUUGACCUGAUGAAAACACAAAAGAUUGUACCUGGAUUAUUGACCUAUCUCAGUAUUAUUGAUAUGGCAGUCCAAUUGCGACAACCCGAAAUCGCUUCUGAUUUAUUACAAGAGGCAGAAAAACUAUCAACCUUUAGAGUAAAAGACAAUUUCUUGUAUAUGCAUGUGCUAAGAUCUGCUUCGUAUGAGGGACAAUAUCAAACCACAAAACGAAAUUGGGAAAAAGCAGUAUCAGAACAUGGCUUUAAACCAGACGAAGGUGUUUGCUUACACGUACUUACCCUUGCUGGCAAAAAUGGAGAUCCAGAACUGGCUGCCGAUGUGAUUCGACUUUUGGGAGAAGAAGGCUAUACAUUUCGAGAAUGUCACUUUUCCCCUCUCAUCGAAGCAUUUGCUUCCACCGGUGAUAUCGCCAGUACCUUUAAGGUGUUUACAGCCAUGCGAAAAUUAGGUAUCGUUCCUACCAAAAAAGCUGCUUUACCCAUCGCACGCAAAUUGGGGGCCGAUGUCAACGCCAUCCGAAGAGCCAGAGAUGUCUUGGAAGAAUUGGCCAAAGCAGAGGAUCAAGAAGUCGAUAUCUCUGCGUUUAAUUUAAUCAUUCAUUCUUUUGCUUAUAAUCGACAGUAUGAUGAAGCAUUCGCUACCUACGCCAGAGCAAAAGAAUUUGGUGUAAAGCCGAAUACAGAAACAUUAGACGCAACAUUGGAUGCAUGUAUUCAUUGUAGGGACGCUGACCUUGGUACUACAAUUUAUAGAGAGGAAUUAUCAAGGGGUGUAAAAGCGAGUUCUACCACACUAAGUAAAAUGGUCACCUUGAUGUGUACACAGAAGGACUUUGAGGAUGCAUUUAAAUACUUGGAAAAGAUGAAGAAAUUAAAAAUGACACCCAUGCGUGGAUGUUAUUUUAAGCUGGUCAAGGUACUAUCUGCUGCCAACGAUCCUAGACUUGAUUUGGCAAUUAAAGAUAUGGAGGCAUUCGGAUACAAUGUCUCAAAUCACAUGCAGGAAUACAUGGAUACUAAAGAAGAGGAGCGAAAUCAAGAGGAAGAACAAUCGACCCCGCUUAUCUCACUGUAA